UACACUUGUUCCUGUUCAUGUACUCUCAUCCGGGGCUGCUACUCAUGUCGAUGAUGGGUGGAGGUAGCACUGCAGGUGGAAGCUCUGUUCGUUCCCCAUCUAGCUGGAACCGGAGUAGAACGCAAACGAAGAGCAGAAGAUCGGCCCCGCCAGAAUGGUGCGGCUGUGGCUGUAGACCAGUUCUCAGAUGGUCUGGCACAGAUUCGAAUCCGAAUAAACCGUUCUAUGGCUGCCCCAAUUAUAAUACAAGUGGGAAGAUGUGGUGCGGGCUUUUUGUGUGGGCAGAUUCUGUGAAUGAGGAACAGGUUGAAAAGUCAGAAUCGUGUGGUGAUGAAAUGAAGAUCAACGUUGAUUGGAGGCUUCGAAGGUUGGAGGAGGAUGUCCAGAUGCAAAAAGUGAUGACCCAGUUGUUAGUGUUAGGUGUGUGUGUAUUGACAGUGUUGUUGGUGAUCCUGUAUUGUAAAUGAUGAAUGAAUUGGUGGUUUUGUGUUCCUUGUUAUCAACAUUUGUAAAAAUCUGCUUCUUGAUGGAAUGAAAAGUGCUAUUAACUAUCAAAUUGUUGUUAAUUUAAAUUCCAUUGUGUAUGAAAAAAAUAAAGAAACUGCUUCUUGAAUGGUAAACCACAUAGCAUAGUAUAUUAACAUAAAUUCCAUUGUCUAUCAAGAAACAACAAAAGUUGACUGUAAAAGGCAGCCUAGAAACCAU